AUGUCGCCACCGUCCGUGCACUCCAGUGUGGGAGCGGUGCCGAUUGAAGAUGGAGGAAAGGAGGUGGAGUUCGCCACUCCACCCAGUGUCCACAUCGACCACCUAGAUGCUAAUCACGACGAUGCGCCACUCCAGUUCCGCAAGAUCGACAACAUCGUUGGGCUGGCCUCGCUGCGUGGUCUCGUGUCGUGGGUGUUAAUUGCAGAGGAGCUGCACGCUGUAAGUUCUGAUGAGCCGGUCUCUUUUGCUGAAGUAGAGGGCCACCCAAGCUGGAGGAAAGCUAUGGAGGAGGAGAUGGCGUCGAUCGAGGAGAACCGCACUUGGUCCCUGGUUGACCUCCCACAUGGUCGCCGGGUGAUCGGGUUGAAGUGGGUGUACAAGGUGAAGCGGGAUGAAAACGGAGCUGUGGCGAAGUACAAGACGCGCCUGGUGAUGAAGGGCUAUGCGCAACGCCAGGGGAUCGACUACGACAAGGUGUUCGCACCUGUGGUGCGGUUGGACACGGUGCGCCUUCUCAUCGCUCUUGCGGCGCACGAGGGGUGGGAGGUGCACCACAUGGAUGUCAAGUCGGCGUUCUUAAAUGGUGAUCUCAAGGAAGAGGUGUACGUGGAGCAGCCGGCCAGUUUCAUCAGCACGGGCAACGAGCACAAGGUGUUCAAGCUGAAGAAGGCACUCUACGGCUUGCAUCAGGCGCCUAGGGCCUGGAACGCGAAGCUGGAUGAAACGCUGUUGUCGUUUAGAUUAAGGAAGAGUCCCUCGGAACAUGCCAUCUACACCAGGCGGAACGGGAAGGCAUAG